UGAGAUUUUGAACUUAACUUUUAAUGAUUGAUUGAUUAUAAAAAUAAUUUCAAUGAACGAACGGAAUGCUGAAAAAUUUCGGAUCGACGUGAACCACGUAAUUAUGGGGAGUGCUUAAUUGUAAAAUGGGUGGUCGUUACCAAGCGAUGGGUCUACUCUCCUUACAAUUAGACACCACAACCACCAACCACAUCGUCAGCAAGCGCAAGCGGUGUGAAGAAGCCUUGAACAACCGCUGAAGAGAGAAAACAACAACUCAAAGGUGGCAUCACGACGAGCCAGAAUAACAGGCUGUGUUCUUUGGUCAUCUGACUACUUCCCGUGCAAUUGUUGGCCAAGAUGAACGAUUAUGAAGACGAUGACGACCUUGUUGUGGCCAUGGAAGCCUGCCUUGUUGAGAAAAAGCCUGAAAAACCACAAGACGAAGAAAUGGAUGUACUUCACUCUGCAGCCAGCAGUGGGAAUUCGCCUCUCGUGAAAAGCCUAUUGGAGAAAGGAGAAGACCCAGAAAAAACAAGAAGAAACGGCUGGACUGCACUCCACUAUGCUGUCAGAAGUGGUGAUAUACAAUCUGUUAAACUGCUAAUUGAAUGGGGAGACAAACGGCUAUUAAACCUGAAAACGAAAUCAGGGUUAACAUCUCUUCAUAUUGCUGCUUUAGAAGCAGACGUUGAAAUGUGCAAGCUGCUCAUUGACAGUGGAGUUGACAUCAAAGCUAGUAAUAUAUUGGGACAAAAUGCUUUGCAGGUUGCCUGCAUUGCUGGUAACCUAGGGGUGGUCCAAUAUUUAGCCGAACAAAAGAUUUUUAACAUUGAAGAGAAAAGUAGGUUCAAAAGGAAUCUUUUGCAUUACUCUGUAAGAUCAAACCGUUUAGAUUUACUCGAAUACAUUUAUGAGAAAGGCAUAAGCAUCAAUGACAGAAAUUUGAGUGGAAAUACUCCGUUACUGACCGCAGCUGCGACGGGGUCAUUGGAGGUGUUCAAGUUUUUCAUCGAAAAGGGUGCUGACUUGAAGGCGACAAACUCUGAUGAGUUUGAUGCCUUAUUCUUAGCUGCGAAAUACGGUAAUUUGGAUGUUGUCAAGUACUUGCUGAACUUAGGCAAGUUUGAUGUGAACAGAAAGACCUCAAAAGGCCAUUACCCACUUCUUUUAGCGUCUGUUAAUGACAAUUUAAAGGUAAUUGAGUGUUUACUUGAAGCUGGAGCAGAUAUUAACUUACGCGGAGUUCAUGGAUUUACUCCAUGCCUUGCAGCAGCAUUGCAUGCAAACGUAGAGACUCUAAAGUUGCUAGUGGAACGCGGGGCGGAUUUGCACGUCGUAGACAAUAUGUUAGCUGAUCCAUUUCAAAUAGCAUGCGACAGCGAUGACAUUGACAAGAUUAAGUACCUCGUAUCUAUUGGGAAGUACGACUUAAAAAGACGCAAUGUCAAUGAGAAAACUGCUUGGAUAAAAUCAUCUAGGCAUGAGAGUUUAGAGGUAAAAAAGUUUUUGAUCGAGCUGGGGGCAAACAUCCAUGACACAGAUAAAUUCAAUUUGGGUGGUAUGGUUUUAGCAGCACAAUUCUCCACUCCUGAAAACUGCCAGUUCAUGUUGGACAUCGGACUAGGAUUUGAUGUUCUGACAAAAGAUGGAGGGAACGCACUCCACCAGACAUGUGUUUCUGGAAACUUGGCCACAGCAAAAUUCAUUCUGGGCCUAAAGUGCUUGAACGUGAAUGCAACCAUGAAAUCCGGUAAAACAGCUCUGAUGAUUGCUGCGGGCAGAGGGCAUUUAGAAUUGGUCAAGUUGCUUUUGGAAAAUGGUGCUGACAUUAAUAUCAGAAAUGAUUAUGGGUCCCUGGCCUUCCACGCAGCAGCUGCAACCGGAGACCUGAAGACGGUGGAAUAUUUACUGUCAAUAAGCGAGACUGGAAGCCUACUUGAAGACCGAAACAAACGUGGUGAAACUCCUCUCAUUCUUUCGUGUCGCAAUAUAUACACGAAAGUUUUCCGCUACUUACUUAAUGCUGGAGCAAACUUGCAAGCUGUUGAUUACGGCGGAAGAAAUGUCUUCCUGUCAGCCUGCUGGGCAGGGAAUCACAUAGUUGCGAAACAUUUAGUAGAAAAUUGUCAGUUCGAUCCGUCAGCAGUGACUAAGCAUGGAGAAAAUGCUGUACAUUGUGCUGCUAGCAAUCGGUCUUUUAAUAAGGACAUCCUGAAAUACCUGAUUGAAGACUUGAAAAUUGAUGUGAAUCACCGUGCAAUCCACGACCAAACUCCUUUAAUGGUUGCAGCUGAAUUCGGCUGCGCCAGAACGUGCCGCUUUCUCAUUGAAAACGGCGCCGAUGUGCAGGCUGAGAUGAAAAAUUGGGAAAAUGCUUUAUUCUGCGCUUGCCUUGCUAAAAAUUUUAAUUUGGCCAAAAUCAAACUUCUCAUUGAAACAGGCAAAAUAUGCGUUAACAAAAAGAACUACUUUGGUCGAACCGUUUUUCACCUGGCAGUGCGAAUAGGUUUGCUAGAGGUCGUGAAGUUUUUUGUUGAAGAAGCUAAUGCUGACUUAGAGGUAGAAGAUACAAACGGGUGGACUCUGCUGCAUGUUGCGGCGAAAUUUGCUUCCCUAGAGGUAAACGAAUAUUUAGUAAACACCCAGGAAUCGCUUUUGUACCGACAAAACUCUAGAAAUCAGUUUCCAAGAGACCUGGCAAAAGAAAACGACGAUGUUGGAGUGCUGCUUUAUUUCAACGAAAAAAUGAAACGCCGAGAGCAACCAGCAUUUCGGACUGGUGGCGGCCGUGGACGUAUAAAUCCUACAGAUAAUUUGUUCACACCCCGUAACCGAGAUUAUAACCACAGUUUGUUCUCUACCAAUUGGAGAACUUAGUUAAGAUAAUCGGGGCUCUGCGUCGGCUUGCUUGAAAAGCCCGUAAAUACAAUGAGUUAAGAAAUUUAAAAAUGAAUUAUUACCUUUAAAAAUUUUGGAUUAUUUCAAUUUGUUACAAUUCUCCACAUUGAAUAUCGUUUAUUGAUUUCAUUUUUUUAAUUCCUGUUAAUUCAUAAUAUAAUUGUAUCUUGAAUAGAGAAUAAAAUAAUUUCAACAGAUUUUAAUUGUGAAAAACUUUCUCUGUCGAUAAUUACAUAAUACAGUGUUUGUAUAAAUUGUAUUUAGCUAUACAUUUUGUAAAUUAUUGAAUUGUAUCAAAUAAAGGUAGAAAUAGGUGAAACUUAAAAAA